AUGGCGGCUCAAAACAAGUUCACAACCUGUACCUUUAUUCUCAAGAAGUGUGACUUUUCCAGUGCUUCGCUCGCACCAACAUGUGUUAAGAACUUUUGUCAAGGAGAGCCAUACGGCUUUGGCUCUUGCACAGCGGACUUCACUGGCGUACCAGCAGAAUGCUGUUCGCAAAGCACGGUUGGCGAUGUAGCACAAUGCAUGGCCGACUUUCAGCAGCAGCAGGGAUAUGGCAUCUUUGGCGAUGCUUGUCUUUCCGUUGAGCGAUAUGUGACCGAAUGCGAGAAUGCCAACUCCGAGUUUGAUAACGCUUCCUUCAAGCAGCAGGCUGGGUACACAUGGGAUAAUGCGGUGGCCACUUGCGUAAGCACGGGAGAGAGCGCUCACCCGACCAUCUGGAGCGCUUUGCAAAAGAAUUCCCAAGUGAUUGGUCUUUGUACCAAGUUUGCUGGCGCUGCUGCUCCAACCGGCCCCGCGACAACCGGCCCCAUCCCGACAGACACGGCGAGUUUCGCCUCUACUGGUGAUGCAUCUCCAGGAACGACAGCGGCCGACACGGCAAGCCCAACUGAGACGGGUUCAACUCCUGCUGGAACAACAGGCUCGAGCGAUCAGACUCCAGCACCAUCCAGCGCAACUAGUGCAGCUAGUAGCAGCGCGGCUGCGACAACCACGACGAGCAGAUCGGCGGCGGUCAGAGUUGGAGAGAUGAGCUAUUCUCAAAUCAAGUUGGCAGCCGUAGGCCUUGGACUGAUGUUGCCCGCAUUUUUGAUGACGCUGUGA